AUGAAAGAUAAUUCCAAAUUUGUAGAGGGUGUUCUUGAUUUCCAGGAGGAUGUCCAAGGUGAGGAAAUUAUGAACCGAAUUAUGUCAAAUUAUGAGGAGGAAGUUACAAAAGCACCUCUUCAUAUCAGUUGUGUCCCUCAUUUAGAGGAUGAACUGAGGCAUGGUCAUCAGCUUAAUAUGGACAAUGAUUCAUCAAACUUUAAAGGUCUCAAAGGGUUCACAGGAAAAGAUUUAUUAGAGUAUGAACAGUUUGUGAACUCUCAAGGGCUUGAUAUCCAAAUUGAUCCAUACAAGCAAGGAUUCUGAUUUGAUCAAACCCAAGAAAAAGUUACAGAAGCAUCUAACUUAUUAGAGAAUUAUAAUACUGGAAGCAAUACAAAGGCAUCUAAGCGUGCUUCCUCCCUCAACCACGAGGUUAGAGACGAAAAAUUUUUAAGGAACUAUGCUAAAAUUCACAAGCCAAAAGAGCGGAAUGGAGUCAAGAAUAUUAGAAAAGUGGCAAUGAAAAUGAUCAAGUCAGGCUUAACCAAUAUCAAAUAGCUUUAAGAAGCUUAACAAGACCGGUAACUUCUUCCGUCAGAAAAAGUAUCAAGACCUUUUUCAAACAGCUGCCAAGAAUUAUGGGUUUAUCAUAAAAGAGCCUGAACGUAAUAAGAGGAGCAAAAGUGUUCUAACAAAGAAGAAACUUGAAGGAACUCUAUCAGUGAACAGCAUCAAUAAUUCAGGAUUUAAGAACAACCAUAUCCCAGCACAGAUGAAUAUAGUCUGAGACUUUCAUAAAGGAAAUGCCAUUCGGUAUAAAUAUCUCCAAGAGCAUUUGAGAAGGGUAGACCAACAGAAUAAGACAUAUAUUCGGAGGAAGAUCUCUCCAUUUUUGAUUCAAAAAGAGAAAUAUAAUACCCUGGAUUAUCAUAAGCCAAACAAGAAGGGAGUAAAGCUUGCCAAAACUCCUAACAUAGCAGCCGACGAUAAGGAAGAAGAAUACAACAUUGAUGAAAAGCAUGAGGAUGAGUCAUUCGAUAGAUUAGAGUCUUGUGAAGAGAUCAAAAAUAGUAUUUAUGAUGACAACCAUUUCUCAAAGACACAGCAGAAUUUUCACAAGAAGAUUGAUGAAUGUUUAAAUAUGGCCUCUAAUCCAAGCUUAAACCACAUCAGUAAGGAUCUAAGUCAAAAUAAGAAGGCUCUGAUCAUCUCUGGUAUUCAGAAAUAAGAGGAAAACCAUCACGAAGCUUAUCAGUGAGAAAAACAAGACAGUUUCUAAAGACAAAGAAACUAAAAAGGAGGAUAAGGUGUAUACUAAUGUGGGUAAACCACAGAGAAAGAGCAAUUCAAUGAUUCCUAAUAAAAAUUUGAGGAAUGAAAAGUUUCAAUAUCAGACCAAUUUGCCCUAUCAGAAUGGGCCUAAUGGAUGGGAGGAGAAAGCCCCCACAACUGUAAACUUUGGAAAGAAGAAAACUCUCAUUAAUCGUAUGAACAUAGGUGAUCUCCCUCACUUUGAAAAAUAAAAAGGCUUUCAUGCAUAUUGAAAUUACUCCUUCUCCUAAGAAAUAUGUGAAGAAGGAGUCUAAGAUCUAUAUUAGUAAUAAUCCUGGGAUUUCGAGGAUGGAGAAAAAGAACCAGAAUGAGACUCGAAACCUCAGCAACACUCAUAAUUUUCAUGCUGAUUCUUUGAAGACCCAAGAUUUGUAUUCCAAACAGAAGGAAAUUUCUCAUUUGUCGAUCAAUACACCUGCUAAGAGCUCACCUCUAAAAAUAAUUGAAUCGAAAAACUUAUUCUCUGGAGCAUUAUCGACUGUGUAUAAAGAUUCUAAGGAAAAUAUUAGGACUACGAUUCCAUCACCUUUAAGGACAUAUAUGCAGAGCAAGAUGAUCAUUCAGUCGAGAAAGGGUAUCAAAAGAGCUAAAAAGGCUACAUAUGAGAUUUCACAGAAGCAUUCAAUCACUCUUAAUAAGUCUAAAAAUAUGAAUGAUCUCUGUCCCAAAUGUGGGAAAGUUCCAUGAUGAGGGAAGAAUACAUGUCAGAACAACAUCGAUAUAAUCAAGGCUGGGUUUCUUGGGAAACAAAACCGAAUGAAAAGAGUCAUGAAAGUCAUUAACAAAGAUUUUAAAGACAAGUGUAACAUUAUGGAGAGAAAACAUCGAGCGAACAUCCAUAAACUUGACAACAAGAGCAAAUCAAAUGUUCCUAAACUGUUCAAAUCUCAUGUGAAUGAUGUCUUGUUUAAGGCUAAGAGGACCAACAAGGCUGAACAUGUCUCAGAGAGUCCUUUUGUGGCUAUGCUAGAGACUAUUGACCAACAAAGAUUACUAUCAAAAGCUGAUGCGAGGGUAAAACUAUAG